UCGAAGCGUACAGAUCGUGGAAUAAUCGAAAACAAAUUUAAUUCGUCUAAAAUUACAUAAUGGAAUCAGGGCCAUACGGCGAAGCCGAUGCCCAGUCGGACGACAUAGACAGUGUGUAUAAAAUCGGUAUAAGUGUAGCAGGUGAUACGAGUAGAUUAUUAACAUCGGAAACGUUAAAAAAUGCUAUUAGCAAAAUUAAUAAAAUGGAAAGUGAUUUAACUAAAGUGAAUAAAAAAGAAAUAAAUAGUAAAAGUAAGGCAAUUAAAAAAAUAAAUCAUGAAAUGUUAAAAAAUGCAAUAAAACAACAAUCAAACAAUAAAACAGUUAAUGAUAGUGAAGGUAAUAAAAAAAAUAAUACACAAAAUUGGGCAGAAGAAAUGGAAGAAGGCGAAAAUAAUAAUGAUCAAAAUAUAUUAGAAGAAUAAAAAAAAAACAAGACAAUGCAUUAGUACCAACAAGGGUAUGCGUAAUAACGUUCAGAGGUCAACGUUUACCUGACCGUGUUUCGAUAUACGCUGUCAAAUGCAGGGUCGAAAUUUACAACAAAGUGACACAAUGUUUUAAAUGCCAAGGAAUGGGCCACGUGACUAGCCAGUGUAAAGGUAAAGCGAGGUGCAGCUAUUGUGCACAAGAACACAGUUUCAAGGAUUGUGUAAAUAAAGAUAAGAAUCCGAUUUGUGCGUUAUGCAAUGGGGAGCAUCAAGCUAUAGAUAAAAAGUGUGAAAAAUAUUUGUUUCAUAUGAAAAUUAAAAAUAUAAUGAACGAAAAUAACAUAAGUUUCAGAGAAGCCAGGGCAUUUAUAAACAAUAGAACAUAUGCCAACGUCAUAAAUCCGGACAUAGAAAUCAGAAACAAAGUGAAAUUUCCUGAAUUGCCCAAUACGCAGCAGGAAAAACAUGCAGAAAUAAAUCAACAGCUUGUAACCACGAAGCCUUCAACAACAAUAUCUAAACAGACAUAUAGGAAUAGCAAUUCCAUAAACGUAACAAAUUAUGGUGACAACAACAAAACAAUCGAAAAUAUGUCCAGUACACAGGAGCGAAACAGGUACAAAUUUAAAUACAAUAUUAACACAAAACCAAAAUCUUCCUCACAUAUCAAUAGUGAGAAAGGUGAAAUUCCAUUCGAUAAAUUAAUCGAAGAAUUAAUUAUUAACAUAUCAAAGAAAAAAGAUUACACAUUAAAAAUUCUGAAAGAGUUAAUUAAAGAUAUGGAUAGAUGACAAAAAUAAUAUAUGACAAAUAAAUGACUGGAAAAAUAAAAAUACUACAAAUUAAUUGCAGAUCUGUUACAGCUAAUAAGGCCAGUAUUGAACAUUUCCUUUAUGAAAAUGAAAUUUCAAUCGCGGCUUUCACUGAAACAUGGUUUAAACCGGAAUAUCAAUACUCUUUCAGAGGAUAUCGAAUGUUUCGCAAAGA